AGGCACCGCCUCUUUUCCCUCCCCCUCCUCCUCCUCCUCCGUCUCAAGGCUCUCGCCAACCUCCUUUCGGAAGAUGGCCGGGCUAAACAGCAAGACCCACGCAGCGGAGGCGCCGAGAAGCAGCGGCCGAGGGGUCGUGAUUUCAGAUGAUUGGCCUGGGUAUAGUUUGGAACUGUUUACAUAUCCACAACACUACUAUGGAGAUCUUGAGUAUGUGCUCAUACCACAUGGGAUCAUUGUGGACAGGUGGCUACAAAUUCUGUGCUGACCUUGUGGAGCAUAUUAAGAACCUCAGUAGAAAUUCAGAAAGGUUCAUCUCCAUGAAAGUUGACUUUGUCAGACUGAAAAGUUACCUGAAUGACCAGUCUAUGCAAGAUACACAGAUCAUAGGGGGAGAUGACUUCUCAAAGCUGGCUGGAAAGAACGUAUUAAUUGUGGAGGAUAUCAUUGGAACCGGAAGAACGAUGAGAGCUCUCCUCAGCAAAAUUGAAAAAUGCAAGCCCAAGAUGAUCAAGGUGGCAAGUUUGCUGGUGAAAAGAACAUCUCAGCCUAAUGGAUACAGACCGGACUAUUAUGGAUUUGAAAUUCCAAAUUUAUUUGUGGUGGGCUAUGCUUUAGACUACAAUGAGUACUUCAGAGAUCUAAAUCUGACAUCCUUCCACACCCUGCCCCCAAAGAUAAAAGCAGGAUUGUUGCAUCUAUGAAAGUGACAUCAGCAUUUUGGAGUGCUCCCUUUCGACAAUUAAUUCAACUCAUUCAUCCUUCAGUUGGCUGGAUCCCAAAGCUAUCCGGGAGAAAAUGACUGAGGAUGACAAAACAAACACUAUCCAAAACAGCUAUAUCUAUAACCAGUUUAAGGGUAUAUUUUUAAUGGGAAGCUUCAAUCUACAAAGCAGUCCAGAUCUAUUGUUGUAUGUUGUGUCCCAAAUAACCUUUCCCCAUGAUUC